AAUAUAAACUCAACAAAUUAAUCGCAUUACAUAACAACGACUCGGGUAAUGAAUUUCCAAAAUGUCGAUGCAUUUGAUCACAGUGUUUGGUGCAACGGGCGCACAAGGAGGUGGGGUUGUCAGGGCUCUUCUUGCUGGAGGAAAAUUCAAAGUCCGAGGCAUCACUCGCUCUGUGGAAAGCGAAAAAGCGAACGAGCUUGUCUCACAAGGCGUAGAGAUGGUGCAAGCAAAUUUUGACAAACCGGAGACGCUAUAUGAAGCGAUAGCUGGUUCGUACGGUGUGUUUUUAGUCACAAACUUUUGGGACGGUAUGGACGGAGCUCGCGAGACAAGACAAGGCAAAGGCGUCAUUGAUGUAUGUUUGCAAGAAGGCGUUAAACAUCUGAUCUACAGCGGUUUGGAAAGUGCGGAAAAGAUGUAUGGGUUUGUCGUAGGUACGCUGUUUUGGUUGCUUUUUUAUACUUUCUUACUUCGCCACUGUGCUAUACUGGUAUCCUAAGCUCUCAAUAUAGACACAUUGCCUCGAUUUUAAUAUAUGAGAAUCAGAUCGUCCAUCAAUUUGACAGAACAUAUAAAUUUUAAUGCGAGUCUUAAUAUGCAAACGUAAAUAGCCAAAAUUGUCUAAAGGCGGAUUUCCAGUCCUCGCACGAAGCUUAUCACAGCUAAGAUCGUGGUGUUCCAGUUUGUCUGCAUAGCCGCUUGUGUUUAUACACUAUACUAUGGAUGAUCAGUAUCUGAUAUAAAUCAGACCUUACAAUAGCCCAUGACUGAAUCAUUAAGUAGCAGUUUUGAAGUGAUUGACCUAUAACCAGUAUAAAAUUGGUUUUUCUCUUGCACUGAAUUGAUUAAAAUAUUGAGCGCCUACACUAUGCCCUUGAUGAGUAAAAUGAUCUGCCGUUAUACAGAGCAAAAAACAAAGUAGGGCCUAUCAGUUUGUGAUGGGUUAAUAUCCAAUCAGUUCUUAACUAGUUCUGCAAUUUUCCCUAGACAACUAGUAUUAACCCAUUAAACUGCAAUUGUUUCCAAAUAUUAACCAUUAAGCUGCCCCUAAUGUUGAAAAUGUGCCCUAUUUUAUUAUUUUACUCCAUCUAACGCCAGAUAAUUUUACUAGUUAAGGGAACCGUCUUACACAUUAAUGGAUUAACAAAACUGUCUGCAAUUCCCUAUAAGAUUAAUGUAUGUGCCCUACUUUAUUAUUUUCCUACAUCAUUAGCGAGAGAAUUUCACUUGUCAAGUAGAGAGUCUUGCAUAAUAAUAUUAAAUUAAGUUUAGUAUAGGUUUCCUCAUGUAUGCUGAAUCAAUAAGCGAUGCGUCUUAUUGAACUCUUAAGCCCAGGUCACACUACACAACGAUAACGAUAACUUGUAUACGCGCGUUGAUUGGUCAAAAAUUUAUCGUUAUCGUUCGACUGAAAAAAAAAAAUCGCUCAGGUGAGCGAUUUUAAAAUCGUUUUCGUUAUCGUCAAACGAUAAUUUUAUCAUUUUCGUUGUAGUGUUGACACUAACACAAUUUUUUUUCCAAUUAUCGCGUUUUUACAAUUUAUCGUGUCGUUGUCGUUGUGUAGUGUGACCGGGCCUUUAGGAGAACAUAACUUUUAUAUUAGAGCAUUUUGAGUCAAAGGCCAGAGUGGAAGAUUGCAUGAUGGAGAAAGCCGGGUCAAUGAUAUGGAACAGCGUAAGAACGCCAGGAUAUUUUAGUAAUUACCUGACUCUUGUUAAACCAAAGAAAUUGGAUGACGGCUCGUACGUCUUCGCUCUUCCCAUGGAAGGAAAGCCGUUGUAUUUAAUGGACGUUGCAGAUUUGGGAGAAUGCGUUGCAAGUAAGAUUACGGUAGUGAUGGCAGUGUUGGUAGUAAUGAUGUUGAUGAUGGCGGUGUUGGUGGUAAUGAUGUUGAUGAUGGCGGUGUUGGUGGUAAUGAUGUUGAUGAUGGCGGUGUUGGUGGUAAUAAUGUUGAUGAUGGCGGUGUUGGUGGUAAUGAUGAUGACGGUAACAGUGAUAGCCAUAAUAAUAAUAUUGAUACUGGUAAUGAUGGUGUUGAAGAGGAUGAUGCUGAUGGGGUGAUAGAAAUGGUAAAAAUGAUGAUGGUGGUGGUAAUAGUGGUCACUGGUGAAGAUGACGAUGCAUGAGACUAUGGUGGACGUGAUGAUGGUUGUGAUGAAGUUGGUGGUGAUAUGAUGAUGGUGACGAUAGUCGUGGUGUUGAUAAUAAUCAGACUGCGUAUGAUCGAGUUGAUACAGAUGAUUGAAAACUUGAAAUAAAUCCGCAUGUUUUUCCUGUCUUCAGGUAUAUUCAAUGAGCCAGAGAACUAUGGUGGGAAGAUUAUUGGAGUAGCCACUGAGUUUAUAACAGUAGAACAGUUCUGUGAUGUCUUGAACAAAGUUCUAGCACCACGAGUUUUCAAGGUAAGCAGGA